AUAUGGCAGCGUUCUCUUUUCGACACACGUGUUUGCUGGACACUGACGUGAAACAUAUUCGAUUUUCAACAAAUGCAACAGCUGCAUUUUGUAAAACAAAUCUGAUUUAGACGUAAAAGUAUAAAUUAAUCAUAAGGGCAAUUCUUACGGAUUUUUUUUACCGAACUCACUUAUAAUGUCUGCUGAUAAUACCAUUCUUGUAAAUAAAAAUUUUGCCGGGCAAAAAUACCAAAAUAAUAAAAAUCGCAAUAAUAGGAGAUCCGAAUGGAAAGGUGGUGGCCAGAACAAUUCUGACCGAAGAGGCUUUAAACGUAAUUUUGACCAAUCACUAGGAGAAAAUACAAAGAGGAAUAAAUUGGAUGUCGGCAAUAGACUGAAAGAAUGUGAUUUAGGGAUUACGGAAUACAUCAGCAAACACCCUGGCUUUUCUGCAAUAAUUAAAGAGAGAUACACUGAUUUCCAUGUCAAUGAAAUAGACCUUGAUGGGCAAGUAGCCAAGCUGACCCAUCAGGAUAUUCCAAGUAACUCAGAUAAUAAUGUAAAUAUCGAAGAUCUAAGAACAAUGGUGUCAUCAGCAAUAUGGGACCAACUGCAAGCUCUGAAGGAAAAUCCUUCGAGUAUACAGAUUGAUGUAACAAAUGUAGAGAAAACUGAACGUAGGAUUAUUCAUACAAUCGCAAAAAAUUUGGCAAAUGUUAUCAGCCAAACGACAGACAAAGAUGAUAAGAAAUUUAUCACGAUUAUUCCAUAUACUAAAAACUCUAAGAAUGAUCACAAGAUACGCAAAGACAACAGAGUAGAUUGGAAAAAACGCGAUGGCGAUUAUUGUCACUUUCUAUUGCAUAAAGUAAAUAUGGAUACAAUUGAUGCUUUAAAUCAAUUGGCCACAAAUCUGCGACUACGACCCAACAAUUUUGCUUAUCCCGGUACAAAAGAUCGUCGAGCGUGGACGACUCAGUGGGUGAGUUUGAGAAAGGUAGAUGCAGGAAACAUAUUGAGAGCAAGUAAAAAAAUACAUGGCGCAUAUGUAGGGAAUUUUAAAUACGCUAAAAACAGCCUGAAAUUAGGCAUGCUACGUGGCAAUCAAUUUAAAAUAGCAUUAAGAAAUGUUUGCGGAACAGAUGAAGAGAUUGAGCAAGCAAUGACAUUGUUUCGCGAUAAUGGCUUCAUUAAUUACUAUGGUUUGCAAAGAUUUGGUACAGUAGCUUCUAUACCCACACACGAAAUUGGGAAACGUCUACUUCAAGGUAAAUGGCAUGAAGCAAUUGAAUUAAUUCUGAAACCACGACCGGGAGAGCAGGACAAAGAAUUGGCAGAAGCUAGACAAAUUUAUGCGGAAACCAAAGAUGCUCAUGCCGCUUAUGCCAAGAUCAAAAGAAUCGACAAAAUUGAAGCGCGACUUUUGAAAGGUCUACAAAUAUCGGGCGAGAAAAAUCCUUUAGGCGCGCUUGACUCUAUACCUCGAAACAUUCGAUUAAUGUAUAUCCAUGCUUAUCAAAGCUUUGUUUGGAAUCGUAUUGUGUCGAGAAGAAUAAAUCAAUUCGGGACAAAUGUAAUUGUAGGUGAUCUAGUUUAUGAUAAACAAAGCUGCCAAGAGAAUAUAACUGAUGAAACUAUAAAUUAUCCUUUGAAUGAUAGUGAUGACAUCAGAGAAACUGAUGUUAUCUCUCCUGAAGAAAUAAAUAUCGAUCCAGCAGCAAAUGAAGCAAGUGAAGAAAAUUUGGAACAAAAUAAUUUUUCAAUAGUAAAAAGUCUUAAAGAAGAAGAUUUACCAAAUUAUACUUUAGCCGAUGUAGUUGUGCCUCAACCUGGGUGGAAAGUUACAUAUCCAUCGUAUGCUAAAGCUUGGUAUGACGAAUUUUUAACAAAGGACGAAUUAACUACUAAUCUUAAACAAAACAAUAAAAAAUAUAGUUUGAGUGGUGCCUAUAGAAAAAUAUUACAAAUUCCAAUGAAAUUGUCUUGGAAAAUUAUGUAUUAUAAAGAAAAACAUGAUAAUCUUAUUCUAUCAGAUAUUGACGAAAUGAGAAAGCUUGUAUCGCCGCAGAAUAAUCCAGAUGGAAAGAUCAAAGCAUUAAUCAUUGAGAUGUGUUUAGAGCCCAGUACUUAUGCCACAAUGGCCCUGCGCGAAAUUUUAAAAAACGAUACUUCAGCAGAAACACAGGUUGCUUUAUCUGCUUCUUAUAAUAUAGAGAAUGUACAAUGCAGUACAAGUACUGCAAUGUAAUUGCACAAAUUCAAUAGAGGUUGGAACAAUAUAAUACAGAAGAGAACUAUAUCAAGUUUCAGAACAAAUCUGUUAGGGGGGGGGGGGGGGAAAUGGGAAUGAAA